GGACGUCGCUCUUCCAAGAUGGCGGCGCGUCCGUCGCGAGCAGCCGGGCCGGGGGGAAGCCAGCAAAGCCGAGUAAAGCCGCCGCCCGGGAGAGGACUGAAGGAGCUGUUUCGGCCGUUGGCGGCGGCUCGGGCAGUUUUCGCUGCUGCUACGGCUGUUGCCAUGCGGCGAGGCUAGGGAGGAGCUCAUUUCCCCGGGGUGUAAUAAUGUUAACAGAGACCAGUCUAUCCAUAUGGGGAUGGGGAAGCCUUGGCAUUGUCCUUUCUCUAAUAACCUUUGGACCCUUUGUAAUAUUUUAUUUGGCCUUUUAUAUCCUCUGCUUUGUGGGUGGGGGUUUUGUGGUUACUCUCCUAUUUGGAAAAACAAACUCAGAGAAGUACCUAGAGCAGUGUGAACACUCAUUUCUUCCUCCAACGUCAACUGGGAUUCCUAAGUGCUUAGAAGAAAUGAAACGAGAAGCUAGGACUAUAAAGAUUGAUAGAAGAUUGACAGGUGCCAAUAUAAUUGAUGAGCCUCUCCAGCAAGUUAUCCAGUUUUCUUUGAGGGAUUAUGUCCAGUAUUGGUAUUAUACACUAAGUGAUGAUGAAUCUUUUCUUCUUGAAAUUAGGCAGACUCUUCAAAAUGCACUCAUUCAGUUUGCCACUAGGUCAAAAGAAAUAGACUGGCAGCCUUAUUUUACUACACGUAUUGUAGAUGAUUUUGGCACACACCUACGAGUAUUCAGAAAAGCUCAACAGAAGAUAACAGAGAAAGAUGAUCAAGCAAAAGGUACAGCAGAAGAUCUUGUGGAUACCUUCUUUGAAGUUGAAGUUGAAAUGGAGAAGGACGUUUGCCGUGAUCUAGUGUGCACUUCUCCCAAAGAUGAAGAAGGAUUCCUAAGGGAUUUGUGUGAGGUCUUAUUAUAUUUAUUGCUACCUCCUGGAGAUUUCCAGAACAAGAUCAUGCGAUACUUUGUCAGGGAAAUCCUUGCACGAGGAAUUCUUCUUCCAUUAAUAAAUCAACUCAGUGAUCCUGAUUAUAUUAAUCAAUAUAUCAUAUGGAUGAUCCGUGAUUCUAAUUGCAACUAUGAGGCCUUUAUGAACAUUAUUAAAUUGAGUGACAAUAUUGGAGAGCUAGAAGCGGUCAGAGAUAAAGCAGCAGAAGAAUUACAGUAUCUUCGAUCUCUAGAUACAGUUGGUGAUGAUAUCAACACUAUCAAGAAUCAAAUAAAUAGCUUAUUAUUUGUAAAGAAAGUAUGUGACUCAAGAAUACAGCGAUUGCAGUCAGGCAAAGAAAUAAAUACUGUGAAACUGGCAGCAAACUUUGGGAAACUUUGCACAGUCCCCUUGGACAGCAUUCUUGUAGACAAUGUUGCACUACAAUUUUUUAUGGAUUACAUGCAGCAAACUGGAGGUCAAGCACAUCUCUUCUUCUGGAUGACAGUGGAAGGAUACCGAGUUACAGCCCAGCAGCAACUGGAAGUUUUAUUAAGUCGUCAGAAAGAUGGAAGACAUCAAACCAACCAAACCAAAGGUCUUUUAAGAGCAGCUGCUGUUGGAAUAUAUGAACAGUAUUUAUCAGAAAAGGCAUCUCCAAGAGUUACUGUUGAUGAUUAUUUGGUAGCAAAAUUAGCAGAUACUUUGAAUCAUGAAGAUCCAACCCCUGAAAUCUUUGAUGACAUUCAGAGGAAGGUCUAUGAACUGAUGCUACGAGAUGAAAGAUUUUAUCCUUCCUUCAGACAGAAUGCACUUUAUGUGCGCAUGUUAGCUGAGCUGGAUAUGUUAAAAGAUCCUAGUUUCAGAGGAUCAGAUGAUGGUGAUGGAGAGUCUUUUAAUGGGUCUCCUACUGGAAGCAUAAAUUUGUCUUUAGAUGACCUUUCAAACGUAUCUUCUGAUGACUCAGUACAACUCCAUGCUUACAUUUCAGACACUGGCGUUUGUAAUGAUCACGGCAAGACAUAUGCAUUAUAUGCUAUCACUGUACACCGACGCAAUCUUAACAGUGAGGAGAUGUGGAAAACCUAUCGUCGUUAUAGUGACUUUCAUGACUUUCAUAUGAGGAUCACUGAGCAGUUUGAAAAUCUAUCAAACAUAUUGAAGCUUCCUGGUAAAAAGACUUUUAAUAAUAUGGAUAGAGAUUUUUUAGAAAAAAGAAAAAAGGAUUUAAAUGCAUAUUUGCAGUUACUAUUAACUCCUGAAAUGAUGAAGGCAUCCCCAGCUUUGGCUCACUAUGUGUAUGAUUUCCUUGAGAACAAAGCCUACAGUAAAGGGAAAGGGGAUUUUGCUCGCAAGAUGGACACUUUUGUAAAUCCACUUCGAAAUUCUAUGAGGAAUGUUUCAAAUGCAGUUAAAUCCCUUCCUGAUAGCUUGGCAGAGGGAAUGACUAAAAUGUCAGACAACAUGGGCAAAAUGUCAGAAAGAUUAGGUCAAGACAUAAAGCAAUCAUUUUUCAAGGUGCCUCCUUUAAUUCCGAAGACUGACUCAGAUCCUGAACAUUGUCGGGUCUCAGCUCAACUUGACGAUACUGUGGAUGACAAUAUUCCACUUAGGGUAAUGCUGCUUCUUAUGGAUGAAGUAUUCGACUUAAAAGAGAGAAAUCAGUGGUUGCGAAGGAAUAUCAAAAACCUACUUCAACAGCUUAUUAGAGCCACAUAUGGUGAUACUAUUAAUAGAAAAAUAGUUGACCAUGUUGAUUGGAUGACCUCACCUGAGCAAGUAGCUGACUUAGUGAAACGUUUCAGAGAUGCCUUUUGGCCAAAUGGCAUUUUAGCAGAGACUGUUCCAUGCAGAGAUAAAGCUAUUCGAAUGAGAACAAGAGUUGCAGGAAAAACUAAACUACUUUCAAUUAUGCCAGAUGAACUGAAGCACAUUAUUGGGGCUGAAACAACACGGAAAGGUAUUCUUCGUGUUUUUGAAAUGUUUCAGCACAACCAGUUAAAUAGGAGAAUGGUUUAUGUCUUCUUGGAAGGCUUUUUGGAAACCUUAUUUCCCCAGUAUAAAUUUCGUGAACUUUUCAACAAACUGCAUUCACGAUCAAAGCAGAUACAGAAAUAUAAACAGAAACUUCAAACUACUCAAGCGCCUUCUUUACAGAAGAGGUGACACUCCAAUCUCUGAAGCUGGUGUUCAUUUUGUCCAGGACUAAUAAUAUGGACAGAUCUUCUGGGGCUUAACUCAUAUACUGUCAUGUCGCACCAGUCUUUUAGUGUCUCAAAAUAGAUUAUUAAUACAUCCAUAAGACUGUGGUUCUUCUCAUCCUCAUCCAUAAUCCAGCCACUACCAAGAGAGAUUUCUGUGUCUUAAAUGAUUUGGUGCAUAUUUUUGCAACAUUGAGAGGAUACUGCCCCCUUCUCAAGCAAGAAUGACAUUGGUCUCUUCCAUUUCAAACUAAUCAGCAUUCUCCAGCAAUGACAAAGUGCCAGAAUGUAUACGUGAGAGCUGAGGAAAGCACAAAACAAUGGUUCACAGAUAAACUGGCUAAUUUGUUUAACCGUGGGCGACUGAGCAAUGUAUGAUUUGGAGGGAUUUGUUUUUGCAUAAUAAUUUUAUAGAUCUUUAUCAGAAUUUUGAUAUAAUGUGGAUUAGCCAGGUGAAUGAUCUUUGGAACAUCUGCUUCAGGUCUGGGGAAAGUGACAGGAUGCCCUUAAAGUAUGAAGUAACCUUAUACCCUAAUUACAGUUUUGUGACAUAAAAUAAAACCAAUCAAAAACAGAAUUUGAUUGGAUUUGUUAUUAUUGGUAUAAAACAAAUUUUAAUUGAUUCUUACGUGCUUUGGGGCUCUGUUUUGCUCUUAUGGUACUCAAUCAUAAGUUUUCUUUUGGUAUUCUGUGUGCAAAAAGAAGCAUAUAGUGGCACUCUCAGUUAAGUUUCAAAAUCAUUACAGUUUUCUUUAAGAGAUUACUGAUUACACAAUAGGGAGUAUAAUCUCGAAAGAACUGCCAAAUACAUUCUGUUAUUUUAAAAACAUGGAAAUUAAAAAAAGAACAGCACCAUUGAAAGUUACAAUGUGAUCAUUUUAAAUUGUGUGAUCUAGACAUACCUUAGGUGAUUGCAAAAGUAGCAAAUCAAAGGAUUAAAUGAGCUUUUAGUCACAUGUAAACAGACAAAUUCCUAAUUCUAUUACUGUGUAUAUAUAUAUGAAAAUCAAUAAUGAAAACAACUAUAAUAUUUUUUAAAAUAUGCUUUUAUUUAUAUUUUGCAUAAUGUAAAAUUCUACUAAAUAAAGCAAGUUGGCAAAACCCCUGGGUGUAUACAUUUAAGUCCCUGAAAUAAUUUUAUACCAACAACAACAAAUUACCUUUUCCAGUUCUGGGGCCUCUGCAUUUCUUAUAGUUUUCUCAUUCUCCGUUUGUCCAUCUUAGAAGUCUUCAUAUCCCUUGUAUGCAGGAUUUCUGCAUAGUUUUAAAUACUUACACUGACUAAGGGUUUGGGUAUGUCAGCAUUUUUUGUUUUAAAAAUAUUUAACACUACAACCUUAAAAUAGUGAAGCUACUUAUCAGACCACUGAGCCAAGAUCCUGGUAUUAGAAGAACGUCUGGGUGCUUAAGAUAAAGGGACAAAGUUUUGGUAUCCCAGUUAUUUGGGAGCUUUAAGAUGGAAACAAGAUGUUAUUGUCUUGUUUUCGCCGAGAUCCUACUUACAAAGUGAAGCCUAAUAACAGAUUAAAGCCUUCCUUUAAAGCUUUAUAAUAAUAAUAAUCAUAUUUAUUAAUAAUGCUGUUGUGCAUACUUACAGUAUGCAUAUAUUCAGCAUGUAUUGCAUGUCUAAAGAAUUACAUAAAUGAAAUCCCUUUCGUUGCAACUUGCAAAUGAGAAAAGAUCCUUAUUGACUCUGGCAGAAGAAAUAAUACUUUUUCUUCCCAGUGUGUCUCCCUGCCGUGGUCCCCCCUGCCCCCCAUUCCCCAGGCUUUAAAGGUGAGGAUUUGUGAAACAUGUCUGUAGGAAGCAUCAGCAUGGCCAUAAGUGCAAUGAUUCUCAAAUAUACCCUUGCCCAUUUCAAGUAUAUUUUUGACAUAAAUAAGUCUUAAGAGUAAACAAGAAUUCAUUUAAGAGCCUAGUGUGUACAUAUGAAAAGCAUUUCCAGAUAAUGUGAGGAAUGCUGGCCAUCAACCAGGGAAAGAAAGAAAGGUCCUGCAAAAUUGCAACUUUUCAUAACAGAGCCCUGCAAGGUAACUGCAAUCAUACCAAAAACUGUAUGAGUAAAUGGGUUUUUUAAGUAAUUUUUGUUUCAAGAGUUUAUAUUUCAAAAGCAGAAAUGUCAAAUGGUAGUCUAAACGGUUGUGCGUCUUCUCUAUGCACAUCUAUGUUUUACAUCAGAGAGAGCCGUGGUCAUGCUAAAAUUAGAGAUACUUUCGGAAUGACUUGGUCAAGCUGUAUGUAAAAUAUUUAAUUCAUAAGUCAAGUACAGUGUACUAUGUUUAAUAAAGUUAUUACAUUUAAUGCAUUUAUUGCAUAUUUAUAAAUAUAUACCUGAAGAGGCUUUAAGUCUUCUGAUAUUUGAUUUUUUGAAUGUGUUUUUAAGUCAGUGGUGCCUUUAGGCAAGAACCUUCAAAAUUAAUCGUCCUUUUUUGGGCUUUCUGAUUUUUUCAGGUAACAAACUAUUUAGAAACCAUCACUACUAACUAAUAGUUGAUUCACCUAAAAAUUGAUUGUAUGAUUUAAAUAUGGCGCUUAGCUGGGCAUUUCCUCUGAUUAGGGUGUUCUGAAUAGUUGCUGAAAAAAUUGUGCCAUUGACCAAUGGAUACACUUGGUUAGCCUUAAUUUUUUUUUUUUAAUUAAAAACUUUCUUGAGUAUUUCUGUUGGCUCAUUUUAAGUUUGUGCUGCUGGUGUUUGGAAAAAAAUCAAACAGUUAAGUGCUACCAGAAAGUGUAUCAAUUUUUAAAAAAUUAAGAACAAUAUAAAUUUCACAAUCUAAAAUUUUAAUUUUGUGCAAUAUUUUCAUUUAAUGCAUGUGUAUUUGAGUAAUUGUAAAAUAAAUGAAUUUUUAAUGUUUUGAGAUCUAGUUUAAACUGUCUUCUUAACCCAACAACUUACAUUCCGUUGUUGCUGCAUCCUUUUAUUUAAGGACUUGUUUUAAAAGUCUUUUUUGUCACUCCUUGUAAAAUUCUUUUGUUAUUAGUAAAUUUUGCUUAUAGGAGCAUGGCUCCUGUAUUACAAGGGAAAAAUAUAAAGAGCACAUCUUAGGAUUAUAGUUGUUAAAAGAUAACUUGUGCAUAUCAUUGUACAGUAAAUGUCAACUGUGUGCCUAACUAUUCUAUCAAUACUUUCCUUCUUUAACAAAGAAGAAACAACAAUCAGAAUGUCAGUUAUUUUUAUUGAACUAAAAAAGAAGAUUAAAAUUUUUAUUUGGUUUGCGUUAUGUUCUGUCCAUUAGAAAAUACUAAUAAAAUAUUAACAAAC